CGUCUAUGGGGGAGUCCCAGUGCUAUACUUGCUAUGCGUACUUCCACUAUUUCAGUGCUGUUACCUCUCUCUAAAUCGACCAUUCCCUCUCACGAACGCAUCAACCUAGCCCUGAUGUUAAAGCUGUUCUUGUAUUUGUGGGUUCACGAUGAUGGUUUGGUGGAGACCGGUACUUCAGCCGACAGUCACGCACUCUGAUGACUUUCCCUCGCCUGUCCGAUCUGCCAACACGUCAGAGAGCGACAACUCUCACAGCGACACAGAGAAAAACAUGAGAGUUACCUCCCCUACAACGCCCAGUCAUGGCGGAGUCAGAAAAAGUGAACGAGCGAAGGCGAAAACGCAAAAGAAAAGCAUUAACUCUUAAAGAAAGAGUUACGGUGAUCAAAAGAAGUGAUCAAGGUGAGACCGCAAUCGAGAUUGCGAAUUCCCUUGGUGUGGGAAAAACUCAGAUUCAAACUAUAAUAAAGGAGAAAGAGGUGAUUCUUAGAAGAUGGUAUGGUGGCGAAAGUGGAGACAGAAAACUGUCUAAAAUUCGUAGAACUGCCUCUACAGUGAUAGACGAACAAAUCUGGGAUUGGUUUUGUGAGAUGAGGCAGAAGAACAUUCCAGUGACCGGAAAACUUAUUCAGGAAAAGGCUUUGUGCCUGGCAGUGACUAGAGGAUUUAACGAUUUUCGGGCGUCGAAAGGCUGGCUUGAAAAUUGGAUGAAACGUCACAACGUUUACCAGGCAUGCUUACACGACGGGAAUUGGAAAGAAGAGAUAAAACAAUACUCCAUCUGCCAGACCCACAAAAAACAGACGCAAGCACCUGUUGUAACACCCAGCAACAUCUCCAAGCCUCUUGAAUUGAGGCUCAAGGCACAGACCAUGGCUUCACAGUUGAUGUCAGAUUCAUCACUUAAGAAAUACCAGGCUGACACACCUGAACACAUUGAUGAUCCUGAUGUGACUGCAACUGCUUUGUCCUGCCUGCCAGAACCCGAGAACAGUUUGCCACAGUGUGAUUUAUCAUUUGUAGUAAAGGAGAAAGUAUGUGAUAAUGUGGAUAUGAAAACUGAGGAAAGCGAUGAGAGCCAUAUACUGACAGCUCUUUCUACCCCAUCAGAUACUGAUAGCAGCAGUCAUGACAUGCUCGACAAUAACACCUUUGUGAUCACUGACACAUCAUGCACAGAGUCUGACACCGAGACAGCCCAGUGUUUGCCAAUAAGGAGAACAGCCUAUGAGAUGAUAUCACGAAAGCUGAGGCAGAGAUACAGUCACAUUGGGAAAGGACUGAGAAUGCAUGAAAAAGAGAGACGCCUGGUCAGAAAGUAUAUGAAGAGUGAGACAGACAGAAAUAUCAGUGAAAUUAAGCUCAACAAAGUCAAGUUGAAAAUCGCUUUGCUGAAGAAACAGAAACUGCAAUUACAGAUGUUAAUGGUGCAGCGGAGAUUGAAUUUGCAGAACAGAUAGACAAAGUAUGGUUUUAAUAAAGAAUAAUCACUUAUUUCUUCUUUCAUCCUCCUUUUCCACAUUUUCUCUCUCUCCUCUCUCUCGUUCAAGUCUAAAAUCAUCAAUCAACCUAUUCUGUCUGCUACCUUUAUUCUAGAUGUAACGGCACCUGUCACCAACACAGAUUGAGAUUCUAGAUUCAGAAAUCAUCUUGCGUGGGCUGUUCUUUCUCUGCAUGUCGCAUCUGUUUACAGGGCUGGCUGCUUCGUGCUAUAGCCUUAGUUGCUGAUUCAGAGUAAAACGCCAAUCUCCUCUCAA